UUGAGACUAUCGGUAUCAGUGUGUGACAGAUAUUGUGCCUUUUCUGUGUUUAAUUCGUGUAUUUUAGUGUUUUGUGCGACACAGACGAAAUUAUACUACGUUUUUUAUAUAUACGAUGACCUAAUUGCUGGUGUGAGGAUGCGAGGUGCGGUGCUAAGCGUGCUUUGCGCGUUGAGCGCGGUGCUGCUGGUGCCGGGGAUAGCUGCGGUGGGUGCAGGGUCGUGCCCCUGGGCAUGCGCGUGCCGGCCCGGCGCGCUCGACUGCGCGCAUCGUGGUCUGCUGCACGCGCCCAGGCGACUGCCCAGUGACGCGCAUCGAUUAGAUCUGCAAGGCAAUAAUUUGACAAUCAUAUUCCAAAGCGACUUUCAAAACUUGAACGAUUUGAAGAUAUUACAACUAUCUGAAAACCAGAUUCACACGAUUGAAAGAGAUGCAUUUCUAGCUCUGACUUCACUGGAAAGAUUGAAACUGAACAAUAACAGAAUAGGUCAGUUACCGGACGGCAUUUUCAUGAAAUUGAAACAUCUUCUACGUUUGGACUUAAGCAGGAAUGAACUGACAGCAAUCAGUCGACGGACCUUCAGAGGUCUGACGUCACUCAAGAGUCUUCAUCUUGACGGAAACCAUCUCAAGUGUAUUGAUGACAAGGCAUUGGAACAUAUGAAGAGUUUGGAAGUACUCACACUAAACAGCAAUAAUUUGACAUAUUUAUCACUGGAGCCAGCAUCAGUCGCGAGACUACACACGCUACGACUGACUGACAAUCCUGUCGUGUGCGACUGUCGCGUCGCGCGUCUACUGGUCGCGUUACGCUCGUCGGCGUUCGUUGGAGUUGGAGCCAGAUGCCAAGCCCCUGCGACCCUCAGAGGAGCCCUACUCACAGAUUUAGAAGACAGUGACCUGAUAUGCAGUGGUCCGAUAGCUGUGACAUCUGAGUGUUCCGCGGAGCCGCGCUGCCCACCUCCCUGUCGCUGCACAGCGGAGGGUACACUGGACUGUCGGGAGAAGUUGCUAGCAGAACUGCCAGCAUCAAUACCACAUCGUACUGUUGAAAUACGUCUAGAACAGAACGAGAUAACAGAAGUGGGUGCGGGCGCGUUCGUCGCUAUCAAAGUGGUGGCGCGCAUCGACUUGUCAAACAAUAAGAUUGUCAAAAUCGCUGCAGACGCCUUCAAUGGACUCACCAGACUUACCUCAUUAGUACUUUACGGCAAUAAAAUAAAAGAUCUUCCAGCAGGAAUAUUCCACGGACUGUCAUCUUUGCAACUAUUAUUAUUAAAUUCAAAUGAGAUUUCGUGCAUAAGAAAGGAUACUUUUAGAGAUCUACAGAGUUUAAAAUUAUUAUCUCUGUACGAUAACAAUAUAAGAUCGAUACCGAAUGGCACUUUUGAUUCGUUAACUGGAAUACAGACAUUACAUUUAGGUCGUAAUCCCUUCACUUGUGAUUGUGCGUUACGCUGGCUGGCGGCUUACCUACGUAAGAAUCCUAUAGAGACGUCAGGAGCUAAAUGCGACUCUCCCAAACGACUCGCCCGCAAGAGAAUAGACGCAUUACGAGAUGAAAACUUUAAAUGCAAACCUGGAGAAGAGACAGAAGGUGAUAGAAGUUCGUGUGGCGCCACUGGCGCGUGUCCCGCCGCGUGCGCGUGCGAGUGGGAUGCUAGAGGAGUGCGUGUCGCGUGUGCUAGAGCGGGACAGAAUGAUGUGCCACGAGACUUGCCUAUGGCCACGCACGCAUUAUUAAUGUCAGACAAUAAUCUAAGGCAGAUCAAAUCGGAUGGUCUCUUCGGAAGACUACCGGAUCUUAACAAACUGGACUUCCGUAAUAAUGGUAUAACAGAGAUAGAAGACAACGCGUUCGACGGCGCUGCCAACAUGCAGGAGUUAUUGUUAGACGGCAACCAUCUAGCAACCGUUACUGACAAAAUGUUCUUCGGCUUACACAGCCUUGUCACAUUGUCCUUAGCUGAUAAUAAAAUUAGAUGCAUCACACCUGGAGCAUUCGAUCAUCUUAAUUUGCUGAAAACUCUCACACUCUCCGGCAACCCGAUCCACUGCAGUUGCCAUGUCGGCUGGCUGGCGAGCUGGCUCCGCACGCGCCGGCUCGCCCCCGGCGCCGCAUGCGCCUCGCCUGACAACCUGCGCGGCGCAAACAUACCGCAUCUUGAACUUACCGAUUUUAAAUGCACAGGUGAGGACAAGGGGUGCUUGUCGGCGGAGUACUGCCCCGCGGCGUGCGCGUGCGCCGGCACUGUGGUGCGCUGCGCACGCGCACAGCUCACUGCGCUGCCGCACAACAUACCCAGACAAACUACUGAACUGUAUUUGGAAUCAAAUGAGAUCACAAGCCUCGAGCCGGAACAAAUCCGUCACCUCACACAGCUGACACGUCUCGACCUCUCCAACAACAAGAUAGAUGUACUCCACAAUAAUACUUUUGACGGUCUCACCAAGUUGUCUACGCUGAUAGUCAGUUACAACAGACUGAGAUGUGUACAGAGGGACGCUCUCAAAGGGCUGACACAACUCCGGGUGCUGUCACUGCACGGCAAUAACAUCUCAAUGUUGUCUGACGGCGUCUUCAGGGAUCUCGAGUCCAUCUCUCAUGUUGCUCUGGGAUCAAACCCGCUAUACUGCGAUUGUAACACGCGCUGGCUGUCGGAGUGGGUGAAGAGCGCUGGCGAGUAUGUGGAGGCGGGCAUCGCUAAGUGCGCGGAGCCGGCGCGCAUGCGCGACAAACUCGUGCUCAGCACUGCUUCUAGUGCCUUCGUCUGUACAGAGAAGGCACCCAGUGACGUUGUAUCAAAGUGCGAUCGUUGUGUGCGGUCUCCGUGUGCCAACGGCGGUACAUGCAGUGCGACACGUGGUGGGUUCUCAUGCGCGUGUGCACGCGGCUUCCAUGGCGAGACUUGUCAGCAACGCAUCGACGCGUGCUACGGCGCUCCAUGUCGACAUGGCACCUGUACUUUAUUGGAGGAAGGACGGUUCCACUGUUCGUGUGAGGCGGGCUACACUGGUGUACGUUGCGAGGUGGACAUCGACGACUGCGCAGGUCACAAAUGUCAGAACAACGCGACUUGUCUCGACCACCUGGAGGGUUACUCCUGUAAAUGUUCACCUGGAUACAUGGGUGAGUUCUGCGAGACGAAGAUACCGUUCUGCAGCGCGGAGUUCAACCCGUGUGAGAACGGUGCGAGCUGUGUGGACCACGGCAGCCAUUACACGUGCAGCUGUCCGCGCGGGUACGCCGGCGUCAACUGCACCAUCAACCCUGAUGAUUGCCUCGACCACAUGUGUCAGAACGGCGCGACAUGUAUCGACGGUCUGGAGGAGUACCGGUGCGCGUGUGCGGCGGGGUACGCGGGCCGGUACUGCGAGGCGGCACCGCACGCCGCGCUCGGCACCUCGCCCUGCGCACACCACGACUGUGUGCACGGAGUCUGCUACCUGCCCGCACCUGCGCCCGCGCAGCCUGCCGCUGUACAGGAUGACAUAAUGAUGGAGCGGCCGCUACUCGGAGCUACAAAUGACUAUCUUUGUAAAUGCGCACCAGGAUACUCAGGUCGUCUCUGCGAGUACCUCACCUCUCUCACGUUCAAUCACAACGACUCUCUAGUGGAGUUAGAGCCGUUGAGAACUUCACCACAGGCUAAUGUCACUCUAGUGUUCAGCACGACUCAGCAUCACGGUGUAUUACUGUAUUUCGGAGACAGCGAACAUCUUGCAGUGGAGCUGUUCAACGGUAGAAUCCGGAUCAGCUACGACGUAGGAAACCAUCCCACAUCGACUAUGUACAGUUUCGAAAUGGUAUCCGACGGGUCUUACCACAAGGCCGAACUUCUCGCUGUCAAGAAGAACUUCACGUUAAAAGUAGACGAUGGACCAGCCAGGUCUAUCAUCAAUGAAGGCACCAAGGAGUAUUUACGUCUGGACAGGCCAAUGUUCCUCGGCGGAGUACCUGAAGACGUCGCCAAGGAGGCUUUUAGUAAAUGGCAUUUGCGAAACAUCACCAGUUUUAAAGGUUGUCUGAAGGAGGCAUGGAUCAACCACAAGCGUGUGGACUUCGUGAACGCGGCGCGCACACUGCGCACUGUGGCGGGCUGCGGGGGGGACGACCCGCCCCCCGCACCACCCUCACACGCCCUGCAGGAGGACGGCGCACACAAACCGGACCCCUGUGUGCCGAACCCGUGUGCCCGCGGGGGGCGCUGCGUGCGCGAAGAGGGGUCUGCCUCUGACUACACGUGCAAGUGUCGCGCCGGCACCGCGGGCGCGCAGUGUGAACUGCGCACUGGCAUUGGUGGCGCGCCCAGCAUCGCUCUGAACAAACCGCCAACUCGCAAAAUGAUUAGCAACGUGCAAGCAUCGCCAGGUCCAUUUGAACGAAGACGAAACACAGCAAGAACUAUUGCAGCUUCUCCGGCCCAUAAGCAGAUAUCCAGUGAACAGUCCCCCACGCAGACUUCGCCCGCGCCCGGCGGCUGUCGAAAGGAAGCUACUCGGGAUACUGUAAGCGAGGGCAACUGCCGCAGUCGGCGCGCAGUGAGGGGCGCUCGUUGCGCCGCCCGCCCCGACACACGCGCUUGCGGCAAGGGACAGUGUUGCCAACCUAAGCGUACUAAAAAGAGGAAGAUACGCCUCGUCUGUGAUGACGGCACACGAUACACCAAAGAAAUAGAAAUAGUACGUAAAUGCGCCUGCGGGAAGAAAUGCGGCAGGACCUCGCCCUUCCUGCUCUAAAUAUGACCAAGACCAGUCGUGGUCUUGACUAAAAUAAGACCGUUUGCGGUCCUAAUUACAUCUGUACUCAAUAACCCCGUAAUAGUUACUCUUAUAACCUUAAAACUAUAGCAGAUUUCGCUUAUUUAUAAUAAUAUCAACGAAAUUACCAAUAGACAAUAAAUAUUCAAAUCUUGACAUCAUCUGUAAAUUGUCACAUUCACGAAAAUAAAAACAAAAUGGCGGAAUAAUUUUACGUUAGAAUAUUUAACAGCUUAUUGUAAUCCUUUCUUUGUUAAAUGUCAAACUUUUCGCGCCAUUUUUGUUUUUUUUUUAAUUUAGAGUUAGCGGUACAAAUAAAGGAAAGUAGCUUCGGCCUAAAAUGAUAGAACUGUAGUUAACGUUAAAACUUAAUUAUAAACCGAAUUAAAAAAACCACAAACUGUAUGUCAUUUUCUUCGUUAGAAAUAAUACAAAACUAGUCUUUUCAGUGUUUUUUUUUUAGGUUUUUA